CCUCGCUGCCUCGCCUUGCCCCGCAGAUGACUACAAGGAGUUCGGCGUCAACUGCGAGAGGAUGGCGUCGGAGAUCGAAGACCAUAUCUUCCAGGAGCUGAAGAGCACGGACAUGAAGUACCGCAACCGGGUGCGGAGCAGGAUCAGCAACCUGAAGGACCCCAAGAACCCCAACCUGCGCAGGAACGUGCUGUGCGGGGCCAUCCCGCCCGGCCUCAUCGCACGCAUGACCGCCGAGGAGAUGGCCAGCGAUGAGCUGAAGGAGCUGCGCAACGCCAUGACCCAGGAGGCCAUCCGCGAGCACCAGAUGGCCAAGACGGGCGGCACCGUCACCGACCUCUUCCAGUGCGGCAAGUGCAAGAAGAAGAACUGCACCUACAACCAGGUGCAGACGCGCAGCGCCGACGAGCCCAUGACGACAUUCGUGCUGUGCAACGAGUGUGGGAACCGCUGGAAGUUCUGCUGAUGGCUCCCGGCGGGGCUGGAGGGGACACGGUGCGGAGGGGACGCGGUGACAGCACAUGGGAGGGUGGCAGCAGCCCCCCCCAGUUCCAUGGCACUGGGAUCCCACAAGCGUCCCAGCACCGGGCGGCUUUGCUGGGGGAGAUCCCAGUGAAUUCCAGCCCUUUGUACUGGGAGCACAGACACGUCCAGCGAGAAGACUGGUCGGAACUGGGCUGCGGAGGGAAGGGCAGGGGGCAGCCUGGGCUCACAUGGCUGGGGGGCAGGAGGGACGCUGCCCCACGGAUGUGGUGCUGGGAAAGGGCCCGGCUUCGCCCCCAAACUCUCCCCUUCCCCUCCCCUGACUGCAGCUGGCAGGGUGUGGGGGGAGAUGGAGUCGGUCGCGGCGGUGCCUGGGUGCCGGUGGGAUGUCACCGCGUCCCCCCGCUCUGUGCCACACGGGGUGUCCGGCUGGCGUCCCCGGGGAAGGGGAAGGGACGGGGGGAGAGGAGUGGGAAGAAAACCUCCAGCUACAGCAAUAAAGGCGUGAACUGUCACUGCA